UGCACGGUUGAUUCCGGUAUUUAAUUUUUGUAGUUUUUUACAGGUGAUAGUUUAUUAGUAAUUAUAGGCCAUAUUAAAAAUGAAACAAUCGGUAAUUCCGAUUUUUCCGCUGUGUGUUAAUGUCGUGACGUCAGUUUUUAUGUAUUUUUUAACUGUGAGAUUGAUUCCGAGCUUAAUGAAGACUUUUAUUCAAGCUAACCUAAGUGGCAUCGAUAUGAGUAAAAAAGAACGAAUAAGAAUACCAGAAGCUGUGGGUGUAGUUUGUGGAUGUACUUUUUUAGUCACUAUGUUUAUAUUCAUUCCCUUUCCAUUUAGUAAACAUAUUUUCUACAAGGAAAGCUUCCCACACAGUGAGUUUGUAGAGUUCCUGUCAGCUCUGUUGUCAAUCUGCUGCAUGGUGCUGUUGGGUUUCGCAGAUGAUGUGUUAGACCUACGAUGGAGGCACAAAAUCAUGUUACCAACCAUAGCUAGUUUACCUCUACUGAUGGUUUACUAUGUAAACUUUAAUUCCACAACUAUAAUAGUGCCAAAGCCUUUUAGAACACUGUUAGGAGAUUCUGUUGACCUAUGGAUAUUUUAUUACGUUUACAUGGGAAUGUUAGCUGUCUUCUGCACGAAUGCCAUAAACAUAUUAGCUGGAGUUAAUGGUUUGGAAGUCGGUCAAAGUCUAAUAAUAGCCUGGAGUAUCCUCAUCUUUAACAUUGUGGAAUUGUCCGGCAAAUUAUGGAAAGCUCAUCUGUUCUCCAUGUAUUUCAUGAUCCCCUACAUAGCCACGUCGCUGGCAUUGUUCAAGUAUAACUGGUAUCCGUCAAAAGUGUUCGUCGGCGAUACAUUUUGCUAUUUCUCGGGUAUGACGUUUGCAGUGGUUGGUAUAAUCGGCCACUUCAGCAAAACGACAUUGCUCUUCUUCAUUCCCCAAAUACUAAACUUCCUGUACAGCGUGCCGCAGCUGUUUCAUUUGAUGCCGUGUCCAAGGCAUCGCCUGCCGUGUUACGAUGCGGAGGCGGAUUUGAUGAUUCCCAGCGUGAUGGUUUUUAAGAUUAGCGAUUUAAAUGUUUUAGCGAGGUUUAUUAUGAGAGUCUUUAAAACUUUCAAAGUUGUUAAUUGGAGAGAAGACAAGGAUGGUACAAUUACUUGUAACAAUUUAACGCUAAUUAAUUUCGUACUGAUUGUGUUCGGUCCAAUGAGAGAACCGACGCUUUCUACAGUUCUGUUAGCUAUCCAGGUUGCAGGUACCGUGUUAGCCUUUGUGAUAAGAUACCCGCUGGCAUCCAUAUUUUAUGAUGUUUGAAGAGGCGCUACAAGAUAAUAUCCACUCUUUUCUGGUCUCCAAGUGUGUAGGUAUAGAAAGUGGUGGACAAA